CUCGGUUGGUGCUAGUGGUAGCUUGCAACCUGAACAAUGAUAAUAAUUAGUAUCGUUUACCCUCUGAUGUAUAUAUCACGCACUUAACCACGGGGAGGAAUGUUUGCUGAUGGGGUUUGCAUUCUCCUGCCGUUUGGGCUGAACUGGUGGUCCUGAACAUCAAGAGCAAUAUCGUGUCACGUGAUCGAUGAAGUGCUGGUCAGUGAUUACAAUUUUUCAAGAAGUCGUGUAUUCCCAGUUGUGGACUUCACCAAUUAUACACUGUUAAAGAAGGAUUUAAGGAUUACAGGAUGUAUUUAAAUUACUUCUAUUUAAUGCCAGGAUUUUAGUUUUGAGAUGAAUAGCUGUAACAGACAAAGGUUUCUCGAUAUGAACUUGAUAUGCAUCUAUGAGGAUUAGUAAGGAGAAGAAAUGUGUUUUACUUAAUGGGAAUCAAAUAUAUUUAAGACAUGAAAUCAACGAAUAUUACCGAGAAUUCGGAGAUUACAACCGCUGACAUUUCUUUCAAUUUUUCCUGUGUUGAUGGAGCGGAUAUGAAUUUUUCGGAAUUCUGUAACUAUUCUGGAAGCACGCCGUUUCCUUUUAAAACACCAGCAAGUGAAGAUGAAUUGUCAACGAACGCUUUGAUAGGAUUAAUAUUUCUAUAUUCUAUAACAACCUUUCUCUCUUUGGCGGGAAACGUUUUAGUGGUCCUAGUGUUCGUGAAAGGGCGUCGAUCGAGGACGGAUCUAAGGCUCUUCCUAAUCAAUCUGGCAGUCUCUGAUCUAAUCAUGGCCGCAUUUUGCAUGCCUUUCACCUUUGCUGACAGUAUUAUGGGCUACUGGGUGUUCACGGCCCCCUUGUGUCCCAUAGUGUUAUUUUUUCAAAUUUUCUCCGUAUGCGGAAGUGUUUUUACCAACGUUGCCAUUGGGAUUGAUAGAUUUAUGGCUGUCUCCUUCCCCCUACAUUCUAGAAUUACAUAUAGACGUGGGAAAUAUGUAAUUGCUUUGGUUUGGAUCUGUGCGUUUUCUCUGUCGGUCGUGCAACUUUUCAUUGGUCGGUCCUCGGUGUACAAGGGUCGAGUGAUCUGUAACGAGGAGUGGCCCCACCCUAACUCCCGGGCCCUCUACACCCUCUUUAUAAUGAUCUUGACCUACAUGCUGCCCCUCAUCAUUCUCCUCCUCACCUACACGAUAGUGGGGAUAAUGCUCUGGAAGAGAACCGCUCCGGGAAACAAACACUACGAAAGAGACAGGCAUCAACUGCGAUCGAAAAUUAAGGUUGUGAAGAUGUUAGUCAUCGUCGUUGUGAUGUUUGGCAUAUGCUGGUUGCCUCUCCAUUUAUUUAACCUCUUGGGAGACUUCACUACUGUUCUUAGAAACGUUCCGCAUCAACACAUACUGGGCCUAUUUCUUAGCGCCCAUUGGUUGGCAAUGAGUAACAGUUUUGCCAAUCCAAUCAUAUAUGGAUUUACGAAUGAAACAUUCAGGGCAGAUUUGGUCGUAUUGUUGCACAACUGGUUCCCAUGGAGCCAUUGUUUGCGUAACCUUAUGACCCGGACGUACAGCCUCUCCACAUAUGACAGCGUCAUCUACCGGCGAACCACUAUGUUGCAGAGGCAGACCUCGCUAAAUAACAACUCCUCUUCUUCCGGUAAAUCGCUUAAAGCGACAGCUGGAAAUGGAAGUUCACGUCCAAUGAGAAAACUUCACCGAGUUGGAACAGAACUUCGAACAAAUAACUCCAACAUUCCUGUUCGAAAGUUUAGUUCCAUUCAAUUAAAAAGCAAACGACUCUCUUCCGAUGAAAAUUCCUGACAUUUUUAAAGGAUGGAUACAAAAUUCUUUCCACUUUUGUUUGUAUUCUUUUAGUUUGUUUAUUCAUUUGUAUUUUUACUUUUCUUGUGAUAUUUGGAACUGUGUAGAAUUUGUUGUUAACCGGUUAGAAAAAAGUGACCAAUUUCCUUGAGUAAUUUUGCAUUUGCAAAUAUGUCAAAGUUAUUCGGUUGAAAUAAUUGUAUCAACCUUUUCCGGGUUUUUUUGUUUUAAUUUAUUUAUCAUUGUGAAGCAAUGACGUCAAUUUUCUCAUUAACAUUCUAGCAACCGUCUUUCCUAUACAUUUUACCGUCCUACAUCAAUAAAAAGUUAUUAAUAAAACAA